GUAUCCCUGUGUUCCCUGUUCUUCUCGGAGGCCAGCGUGGCCCUUGCUCAUGCAGAGGACACGACGGGACUGGCAUGAGCAUCUGCCGUGGCAAUGGAAGAGUUCCGAAGGGCUUAUGCCCAGUUAUGCAAGGAGAGUCAUGCUGAGCCACAAGAGACAGUCCUGCAGCAGCUGCAUGAGCUCCGGGAGGUAUCAGGACAAAGCCGCUUGGAUUUGGCCACUCAGAGCCUUUCAGUAGAUACGUGCAGAGUCUUAGGGAAGCUUUUACAGGAUGAGACCCUGUUUACGGAGAUCACGCUAAGUGACUGCAUGCUCAACGAGGAAGGGGUCAGACAUCUGCUGAAUGGACUUUGCUCCAACACCGUAGUAAAAUCUUUGGACUUGAAGGGGAAUAACCUGCGAGCUGUGGGUGCUGAGGCUUUGGGGAAACUCCUCAGGCAGAACAAAUCCAUCAGAAGCCUCACCUUGGAGUGGAACAGCCUGGGCAUGUGGGAGGAGGGUUUUUCCCUCUUCUGCCAGGGACUAGGAGCCAACCGCUUCCUGCACUGGCUGGAUCUGCGCAAUAACCAGGUUAACCACCAGGGGGCAGGAGAGCUGGCCAUGGCCCUGAAAAGCAAUUCCAGCCUCCAGGAGCUGGAUUUGCGAUGGAACAGCAUUGGGCUUCUGGGGGGCCGAGCCUUACAGAGCUGUCUGCACAGCAACAAGACCUUGCGGAGGCUGGAGCUGGCUGGGAACAACAUCCCCAGUGACAUUCUGAAAGCUGUGGAACAAGCCAUGGAUCACAACCAGGACCGUCAGACCAUUCUUGCUGAGAACCACAGCCGGACACGUGUGCUCAGUAAGGAGGUGUUGAGCCUGAAGGAGGAGAAGGCAAAGCAGUUCCUGGAUUUGAUGGACACUAUUGAUAAGCAGAGAGAAGAAAUAACCAGGACCAGCAGAACCUCUGCGGCACGAGUUGGCCAGCUACAGGAAGCCCUGACUGAGCGGCACUCUGUCAUGAACUCACUGAAAGCCAAACUGCAGAUGACUGAAGCUGCAUUGGCUCUGUCUGAGCAGAAAGUGCACGACCUGGGAGAACUGCUGAUUGCCACAAAGCAGGAGCAAGGCAGUAUGAACGAGCGCCAGCUGAAGGAGCUCCGGCAGCAGAAACAGGAAGCUGCUGAUCGGGAAACAAAGCUUCUCCGGGACCUAUCUGCUGCCAACGAGAAGAAUCUGCUCCUAAGAAACCAGGUGGAUGAGCUAGAAAGAAGGUGCAAAGCCCAACAGGACCAGCUGUUCCAGGUGAAGCAAGACUUGACAAACACAACAGCAGAGCUGAAACUGCGGGCUGUGCAGGCAGAGGAACGCCUGGAAAUGGAGAAGAGGAGAUUUAAACAGGGUCUGGAAGAUAUGGAAUCCCUUCGGUUGAAAGAGGUGGAUCACAUGACACAUCACAUGGACGCAAGUGAGCGCUCCAUGCAGGAGAGAAUCCAGAGGCUGGAAGCUGUCCGGAUCGGGCUGGAGGAGGAGCUGAGCCGAGUCAAAGCAGCGGCAUUGGCUGAGCGAGGGCAGGCUGAGGAGGAGUUAAUCAAAGUCCGGGGCCAGGUCAGACUGGAAGAGACACAGCGCCUGGAUCACUUGGAAGAGAAGCUCCGGCUGAUGACACAGUCACGUGAUGAAGCUCAGAACUUCUGCCUUCAGCAGAAGCAGGCCGUGGGAGAGGCUCAAGCCAAAGCAGGCCAGCUGACCCUGCAAGCCGAAGGGCUCAAGAGGCGCAUAGAGGAGCUGCAGCAGGAGCUGAGUGGCAAGGAGCAGGAGAAAGUGGCAGAGGUGAACAAGGUGAGAGUGGAGCUGCAGGAGCAGCUUGGACACCUGCAGGCGGAAAGGACAGCACAGGAGGGGCUGAGAGAGAAGAUCGCAGCCCUGGAGAGGCAAUUGAAAGUGCUAUCAAGUAACCACCGGGAGGCCCUGCUGGACAAAGAGAGUGAAAUCUCUACUCUCCAGGAGAAGCUGAGGAUGAAAGAGACUGAGAUCUGCAGGAUGAGGGAAGAGGAGGCCCAACGAGCUAGUUUCCUGCAAAAUGCCGUCAUGGCCUAUGUGCAGGGCUCCCCCCUUGGAGCCCUCAACCCUAGGAAAUGAUUGUGUGGCCUAAGGAAUCCCAGGUGCCUGCUGUCAGGAGUGGGGCAGGGGGAUGGUCUGUGUGUGGCGCCUUCCGGAGUAGGCUGGUUUCUCGAGGUGGUGUUACUCGUCUGGGAAGCACAAAGGCCACAGACACAGAAUCCCUCAGGCCAUUGAGAAACUCUGCUGCUGGCGGCAGUGAAGUCUGAAGAAAAUAAAUAGCCAAGAUUUGGGAAGGAGUAGCCAGGACUGAGUUCUCUUCGCCACGCUAAGGCCUGUCCACACUGGAGCCUUUGAAACUGUUUUCAUGUUCUGUCACACAUCAUAAGUCUGACUGUCUCACUGCACACUGCUGCUCACGGUGUCGUAGCAGCCCUGGGAGAGGGGCAGCCUGCAGCCCUGUUGUGGGUGCUGUGGCUUUUCACAAAGGAAGUCUUGUCAACGCUCAACAGGGAGAUUAUUAAAACCAGCUCCCAUGCUUGGGAGCCAUCUGUGUCACUAGCAAGGUACAGUGAACCCAGAUACGAUGGUGAUGGGUGACACAGACAUACCAUAAUAAAUAAAACCAGCCAUGCUGGGAGGUGGCUGCAGUCCCAGGCUCGCUAAUGAAUUCUUGACUAUAGCUUACAUGAUGUUGAAAAGUAGGGAAGCUCCUGUGUCUGCUCAGUGUGAACCACUGUCCUAAACUGGAGCCUCUACAAGAGAGAGGCAGAGAACAGUUUUUCAUUCCACUUUUUUUUUUUGGGGGGGGGGGGGGGGAGAGUAGGAAAUCCCACUGGAUCCUUCUGAAGUGACAUGCUGCAAAGAAUGGAUGCCGGGUUCUGCCAGGCCCCUGGCAGCUUAGCAGUGCUAUUGCCUUGACUUUGAACUGGUGGAGAGGCUGUGAGUUCUCAUUCCCUGGCUAUAGAAUGCGAGAAAAUGAGGUGUAGGACAUGGUGAAUGGUUUUAUAUUAAUUUUAAUGCAUAUUUUAAAAACUAAGAUGAAAGUGAAAUCUGUGCCCUUCUCUCUGGAUCUAGGAGUCUGUCUGUUUUGUUGGGUUCUUUUUUAAAUAAAGAGCAUUUGAAUUUUGUUAUAAUA